UUGGGUGGCGGGAGGUGGCACUAAGUGCGCAUUUGAAGGCGGCGGUUUAACGGCCGUCGCUUGAGAUGGUGCGCGUGCGCAGUAUAGUUGUUCCUCCCUGUCCCUAGACAGAGCGAGUUCGCUUCUUGCAUAUUCACCCCUCGGCCCUUCAACCUCCAUCCCCCACCCUAGUCCAAUCUGGAGCUGCUGACAAUGGCCGGGAAGCUGGUGAAUGGCGGCUCGGUGCCCAACACGACGUGCUUGCAGGGUCUACCGCCCCUGCCCAAGAGCCUGAGUGGCUUGCUGAAUUCUAGCGGUGGCUCGUGGCGAGAGAUGGAGCGGGUUUAUGCCAAGCGGUGCCGCAUCCAGGAGGACCUGAGCCGUGCUCGCACCGCCAGCAGCCGCCACGCCAACCGGCCCAGCAAACCCGCCAACCUGGAUGCUGCACUGGCCCUGCUUCGGAAAGAGAUGGUUGGUCUGCGUCAGUUGGAUAUGUCAUUGCUGUGUCAGCUAUGGUCUCUCUAUGAAUCCAUCCAGGAGUAUAAAGGAACGUGCCAAGACUUGUCAGCUGCAGCUAAUUCAGACUGUUCAUAUGGACUGGAAAAUGGCUAUUUUGAUGAAGAAGAGGAGUAUUUUCAGGAACAAAGUAUUGUGGAAAAUGGGAAGGCUGACAACUUAGAGACACAUCUUGCAGUGCAUAAGGCACUCAAGUCACAAGACCAGUGGAUGCAGGAUUCCUUUCAUAUCACCAUAUAGCAGAUGUCAUACAAUUUUGACCUUCUCACUGUUUUUGGCAUUGUGCUGUUGUAGAUUUUGAAAUUUAUUCAUGUGAGCAUUGACAUUGUUUGGGGCAAAAGGUGGUGGGUGGUUGAAAAGUGACUAAGCUUUAGUUACCAGACUUAGUUAAGCUAAUUUACCUAAGUUGUCAUUUAUAGUUUUAAAUGCCAUAUGUUUGAAGAAACCUUUUAAUAAGCUUGGUUCUUUUGGUUUGAAAAGAGGUAAAGUGUUUUGAACCAGUGUCAUUUUUUUCUGCAGACUUCACAGCAACUAUUUAAACUUUGUCGGACUAAAUUAUGCUUAACCCUUCUAGAUGCUGAAACUUAUUGGUUGCACCAUAUUGAAAUCGGUGUCAUUGGCAGGUUUGCUUUUCAGGUUGGUGAACAAAUGAGAAAUCUUUAGGUGUCAUUAUUGUAAACCUCUGACUACUACACUAAGGGCUGAGGACUUAAAAUCUGGCUUCAGUAGCCUGAAUGUAAACAACUUCUUAAAAACCAAUUUCCAAUUCCAUCUUCAACUGUGGGUUGAAUAAAAUUGCGAUGGAGGAUAGAACUGAUCCUUCUAAUAUACACCAGGGUGAAAGGCCAAUCCCUGCCAAGUGUAAAUGCUUUGUGCUGAGUAUAAUAUGCUAUCGGUAAGAGUUUGAUACAAGUCUGCAUGCCAGCUAGUCGUGUGCUCCCUGUUCAGAGAGCUAUCCAGCUGUGAAAAAUAGUUAAGUUACAAAUAUGUUGUGAAUUUAGCUAGACAAAUGACUUAAAGCAAAAGUAUCUUUGACUGUUAGUAACUUAAGAAUUUGCAUAUUAAUGACUGAUAACUCUGGCCUGUCAUACUUUGCAUUAAUUCCAAAAAGGUGAUUUUCCAAUACAUGAUCUAAUGAAAAUGGUGUGCAGACUAGAUGAUGGUCUGGGAGGUAUGCACUUCCUUUAGACAUGUUCUUGGGAACUGAUGAAUAAAGUUUUUGGAAUGCAAUUUUAGAAGCUUAAUUGGCUGGACAGCUUGUUUGUAGCACAGGGUGAUGCCAGCAGCAUGGGUUCAAUUUCCAUAACAGCUGAAGUUGUCAUGAAGAACUCUUCCUCUCAACCUCUCCGCUUGCUUGAAGUGGUGACUCUCUGGUCAAUCCACCUCCAUUUCUCUCUCUUUAAUGAGAGAGCAAUCCUAUGGUCAAGUAGGACUGGCAACCUUUCCUUUUUAUCUUUACCACUUAUUGUAACAAAAAUCUAUUUAAAAUAUAACUGUGCUCCCAGCAAAUAAUUUAAAUGUAAUUUAAUUGACCCUGUAGUAAUUGAAAUGAAUAUAGGAAUUUGAUUUGCAUUUAUUAAUGUAACAACAGUAUUUCUGUAGAAUAGCAUCAAUUUUGAGUCAUGUUAUGGGAGAGAAAUAAAUCUCACUAUUUAAAUGUAGCACUGUACUUGAAUUGUUGGUAGGAAUAAUCUCCCUAUACAUAGCAUUCAUUAUGGAAUUUAUUUAUUUUUUUUAUAAACUUCUAUUGCUGAGGUUUAGCAGAUUUCUUUUUUUAAAAAAAAUAAGUAAAAUGAACCACAAUUAAAGCCCAGCAGAAGUAUGAGUGUCACUGGGGAGACUGGCUUUUAUAACCUGUGAAUUACAUUGGUUUUAUUGUACACGGACUAUAAAUGUGCAGCUUGCAUCUUCAAACUAAAAGUGCAAUUUCUUAACUGUAAAGAACUCUAAUCAGAAUGUAUUUGCAUUUGUUUUAAUUCUUCAAUAGUUUGUUAAUCUCUUUUGUAACUGAUUUUUUGUAUGUGAGGUUCGUGAUAUUGAACUGUCAAUACAACUACUUUUUAACAUUACUUCUUAUUUAUAAAAGUUUUCAGUGCAGGAUUCUAACUGAACAUUUGUAUUUAAAUGUUUUGGUCACCUUUUUUAUGAAAGGAUUGAAAUACAGUUUAAGAUCUUUUACAUUGUCCUUUUUACUGGUUCUGUACCUAUGGCACUCUUAACUCUGGGAUUGUCAUGUAUCAGAUGUUCAGACUGAGUAUUCAUGUGUCACUCUAGUGGAAAUAACAAGGAUAUUUUAACCUCAUUUGAUCACAGAACUUGCCCACUAGAAUAUAUUUAAAUACUGUCUAGCCAACUGCCUAACCAACUAGUUGAUUAAUAGUUUUAACUAACAAAUAUAAUUUAUUUUAUAGUAUAUUCAAAAGACUGCAAAAUCAACAAGUCUUCCAAUUUACUAUACGGAAAAAGUAUCCAAAGAAAGCAGCUAGAACAUUUAAUAUAAGGCUUUUAAUAUUAAACUUUUUUUUCUUUUUGCACCUUUUUAUAUUCAGCUGCUACAACGUUAGCUUCCCUUGCUGCACUUAUGGGUCACAUGCAGGACGCUGAUCUGCAUGCAAUGUAUGGUGCUCCAGUUUGAAAUGGUUCAGGAAAGGAUGAACCUUGCAUCACUACAUCUGGUAGUAAAGACAUAAAAUACUUUUUGAUGCCUGACUUGAAGGCUCUUAUUUAGAGAUCUUUUAAAUGCAAUUUUUUAAAGUUUUGGUGUGAAUCUUACUUUUAAAAGCCUUUUUAUUUACUAGUGUUGUGUCUAAAUGCACAACAAUUUUGAAAAAUGCAUGUUUUCCCUGAAAGAUAAUAAAGCUAACAGAUCAUUUGCACUUGA